UUUGUGAUUGAGGAUUUUCGUAAAAAAAGAAAAGAAAAAAAGAGACCACAUAGACGGGUGUGUUGUACCUGCUGAUUGGAUGGAUUGAUUCAAAUUUUUAAAAAAAAGACUGAAUUUUUAUUUAAAUACAACUGGAUAAGUCUUAAUAUACAAAGAUAAUAUCUAACUUGGAAAUGAACUUAAUUUUGCUUGAUUGAACUCAUUUUAACUGCACAGAAAACUUUCAUUUGUGAAUAGAAAUUGCAUUCUAUUGUUCGACAUUUGGAAACGGGUCACAGAUGGGACUCUCUUACCUUGAAUGCACACGUAAUAAUAUUUAAAUAAGGUGGAGGUUUUAAUAUGCAUUAUAAUUUGACAGUAAAUAAUGAAUGAUUGGCAGAGUUGAUUUUUCCGUCAUCGACAUUUAGGGUGGUUUAAACCCACAUAGAAAAGAAACAAUAGCUUCGUAGUCUCCUUAGGCUCGAUUGCGUGUCUCGCUGUAUCUUCUGUACAAACACUGACAUAUAUUGUCAAUAAGAGUAUAUAUCCUUCACUAUAGGAAGAUUGUAAAACUGAUUGAUCUCAAAGGAUUUAGACAGAUCUCAUGUAUCGUAAUAAUCACUGAAUUGUAUACGGACUAGUAUACUAUAUAACAUAUUAUUGAACCAAUUUAUAACAAAAUAGUGUAAAUUAUAUAUGGUCAUGAUUUGCAAUUUAAAUUUGGCAUUAGAAUUGUAAACAGAAGUAGAUAUUCAUUGUGCACGGAACUACAAAUCCAUGUCCUAAUGGAAGCUGUGGAAAUUAUUGGAAAUAUUAUGUGCGAAAUAAACUAAACAAUAAAUACUGCUGAUACAUCUAGAAAAGUGGGAGUGUGUUACAAAAUUAGAUAAUUCCCGUCAAUUUAUCGAGGAAAAAAAAUAAAAUACAUGUGAUAACUACAUGUACAUGCAUUUGUCGGCUGUUAUCAAUUUAAAUAAUUGAAAAUGUAAAUAUUGUACAAGUGACAAGAACUUGUAAUCAGUGAUUUUUCACCCUUAUCAAUAUACACAUAUAUAUAUAUCAUUUGAUAAUAUGGAUCGACCACUCAGUUUAAACCUGGAUAGUCUGCCUGUCAACAUCAUGUCGGAAAAUGCACGGAAAAAAUACACGGAGGUUUUUAAUAAGCAGAACAAUAUAGCAGAAAAUGCUAUCCAGUCACUGGAUUGUCUAAAUGACCAAAUUGUGGAAUACAUAUUCCGACCAAGAAAUGGCGAGAUCUCUUUUGAAACAGACUUGUCACCGAAACAUCAGGACACACUGAAGGUGUCUAUGAAGUUGAUUAGACAACUUCUUCACGACGCUCAGAGUAAAUUCCGUAAGAUGGUGGAGGACAAUAAGAAAUUAGCUGCGAGAAUUGACGGUUCAAUAAACGCUGCUAACCAGGAAGUAAAUUCACUACGAGCAGAAUUGCUGGACACAAAUAAAAAAUUAACAGAAAUUAGUGAAAUUACUGAAACAACCCCUCAACAGGAGUGUGGGACAAAGUGUGAUGACGAACAUAUAAAUCCCAAACAAAGAGUUGAUGAAGAUAACGAAAUGAAGCAAUUAAAAGAAGAGAACUGUCGUCUGAAGGCUCAGAAUGACAUUUUAUCUUCACAGGAAAAUGGCAAAGAUAUAAACUGUGAUAUAAGUAAAUAUGGUGAACUGAAACUAGAACUGAUUCAGACUAAACAAGAGCUUAAUAGAGCAAAGGAGGCAUUACAGGCAAUGAAAUCAGACAGAAAGAGAUUAAAGGCAGAAAAGUUAGAGCUGCUGAACCAGAUGAAACAGUUGUACACUACACUGGAGGAUAAAGAGACAGAGUUACGGGACUUUAUCAGAAAUUAUCAACAAAAAAUGGCAGAAAAUGAUGAAACUAUUAAACAGUUGGCCCGUGAAAGAGAGGAUACUGAACAAGAGAAAUGGGAGAUAAUCAAACAAGCACGGGAUGCUCAGGAAAGGGCCGUAAUUCUACGCACACAACUCGAAUCCAAAGAGCAACACAUUAAAAAGUUGGACAUGGAACUUUCUGUGAUGAAAGAACAAGCAGUGAAAACUGGGUAUACAUUACAUGUGCCAUCCACGCCACCUACCAUACGCUGUACCACACCUAACAGUGAAGAUCUGCCACCGUACGAAACACCACCGUUGUCAGCUAACCUUACCCAUAAUGACUCAAGUUUUGAUGCACAAUUCGGUACUCCAAAAGAAUCCAGAGAUCGUAGUAAUUCCCUGACGCCAUUGAUUGACAGCCAAAAUAAAAGUAGUAUAUCAUUACCGAUCAGUGAAACUUCGUCUGAAACCAAGAAGAAAAAGCGAAUCAGUUUGGGGUCCAUAUCCAAAGUGUUCACAAGAGGCAGGGUCAGGAGGUCAAUAGCAAUACCUGUGGGAACUGAGUUAGAAGAUUCUCCCUCGCCUUCAAGAAUAACCUUGUUAAAUCCAGAAAAUUAUCAAGAUAAGCUAAAGUUAGUGGAGCAGUCACGUGGUUGUCACAUGUCUACAUGGAAAGCCAAUCAGGUGUUAGCUUGGUUAGAGAUUGUCAUUAACAUGCCCAUGUAUGGAAAGACAUGUGCAGAAAAUGUUAAAAGUGGCAAGGUGUUACUUGGUUUAAGUGAUUCAGAGCUUGGUUCAGCCUUAUGUAUAACCAAUCCUAUGCAUCGGAAGAAGAUUCGAUUGGCUAUCGAGGAACAGAGAAAUCCAGGAGAUGCAAAAUAUCCCAAAAGUUGUAGAUUAGAUCACACGUGGAUUGCACAUCGAUGGAUACCAGAUCUAGGACUGUCUCAGUAUAAAUGUGAAUUUGAAAAUAAUCUUGUCGAUGGACGAAUAUUGAACAUUUUAUCUAAAAAAGAAAUGGAAAAACAUUUAAAUAUACAUCGGAAGUUUCACCAAGCUAGUGUAUUACAUGCCGUUGAGUUGCUACGCAGGUUAAAUUUUGAUAAAGAGGUGCUAAUUGAGCGAAGAUCAAAAAGUGAAGAUGGUGACACUGAUCCUUUGGUCUGGACAAAUGAACGAGUCAUAAAAUGGGUACAAUCAAUAGAUCUUGAGGAGUAUGCAGAGAAUUUGAAGGACAGUGGUGUACAUGGUGCUAUUUUAGUUCUAGAGCCUCAAUUUAAUGCUGACACCUUGGCAACAGCUCUAGGCAUUCCUCCGUCAAAGUCCUACAUUAGACGGCAUCUCAAAACCGAGUUAGAAAGUCUAGUCAAACCAGCAAGAGAUAAUCUCACUUUAAACAAUAGCUUCUCCACAAUGGGCCGAAACUCAACUCUGGGUCGGUCUUUUCGUGGUCCAAAUUUGGACACAAGCGGAAGCAAAAAUCGUAUAAGUUUCAGGGGCUCUCUUGGCCGGGCCUUUGGCAGGAAAGUCAAAGAAGACCUCAACAAACUCACGAUAGAUGUAGAAACACCAAAACGCAAAAUCUCCGCCCCUUCAGACUUUAAACAUAACACAUUACAGUCAGUGUUCGAACAGGAAGUUACACCUAAACAAAAUUCAUCGUAGCAUUAGUCUAGUCUGUGUAUUAUGUUUUUUCGAUUGUUUAAUUCACAUGUUUUGUUACUAUGACAGUAUUUUCUUUGAAGAGGUCUGUUCAUUUUUAGUCAAAAUUAUUAAACUGAUUCAAAAAAUGAAAAUUUUAAUCGAAAAAGGUUUUAUUUUAAAGAGAUUUAUCUUUAUGGUCAUUUUUUCAAGUAUCAAAAUUUAAGUGAAGUCCAACUAUAUAUAUGGUCAUUUUUCUCAAUUAUUAAUUUUUUUUUUUUCAAAAUAAGAUUUUUGGUUUAUUUAAAGGUAGAGUCCAUUGAUUUUAUAAUUAUUUUCCCACUAAUUCUUAAAGUAAGGGAGAUAACAAUAUCAUAGUGUUGACUAUAAUGGAGUUAUCUCCCUCAAGUCUUAUGCACCCUCUGGAAUAACCUUGUGCAGUCUCUGGUCAAAACUGUCAUGGUUUACAAUACAUGUGAAUAUUGUACUACAACAUGAUCACACAAUGUUUCAAUUUUUCUUCUUUUAGGCCACACCAUAUGAAUUUGAUGUUAACUAGAUUCCAUUGUUCCUAAUUUUUCAAAAUGAAACAAAAUCAUUUCAUGUAAAGAAAUUCUGAUUUGUAUCAGUAAGUGCUUUUUAUUUUCUCUCUGUGCUAAUAGAAAUUGGGAAAUAUUUUUUUAUUCAGCCUAUAUAUAGGUUGCUCAUUCAGAAAAAUAAAAAGGAGAAAUUCCUUUUAAUUAAAAGUUUGUGUUCAAAAAUUUUAGAUUUAUUUUAAUGAACAAAUUUUUAUUACAACUUUUAAAUGAUUAUUUUUAAUCUUUCAAGGCUUCAAGUCUUAUAAACCCCUCUGUUAAUAAAAAUAACCUAAUGAUAGUUUUUAAAAUAUUCAAAUAUGACACAUUUGUUCUUACUUUGUAAGAUAAAAGUGACCACCAAAGAACAACAGAAUAAUUUGGUGUGGCCUAAAAGAUUUCAUUUUAAUUCAUGACAUUAUAUUUGUUUUUUAUUUCAUAACAGACAGUAGAUGUAAUGUAGAUAUUAAAUACAAGCAUAAUUCAUUACUUUUUAUAAUUUACAUAUCAUUUAUACAUAAACAUAAACAUAAGCAUAAUACCAAAGACUUAAAAGUUUUUUUCAGUAUUGAAAUGUAAUCAAAAUUAUCUCCCUUUUCUUGUUAAAAUAUUGGGAGAAAAAUGUCAUAACUAUAAUCUAUUUGAAUUUUUUUGUACUUGCAAUCGUAAGUUGAAUAAAUCAUCUUGUAUAUUUAAGGCAAAAAGAAUACUAUUACAUGAAAUUUUUGUAUUUCUCAUUACAAAAAACGCAUUAAAAGUUGCAGUUUGUACAAGUGGAAUCUGUUUUUUCUGUCUUAGAAAUACAUUAACAAGGUCAUAUGAAUUCUAUAAUAACAUUUUUAUGGACAGUUUUUUUAUGACAAUUUUAUAUGACAGAAUCACAUAUUUUACUUAUAUGUUUUACUCCUUCAUGAUUUUAUCAGAUGUUUUUUUUACAAGGUCUUUCACUAGAAUUAUUUUUCAACAUUUUUGAACUAGUACACUUAAGAAUUUUAUGUGAGCAAUUAUUUAUUUUAAGAUCCCAUGACAAUCAACUUUUUGCUGUACUUGCUAACAUGACUUGAUGCAAUCAUUUUUAUUUGUAUCAUAAAAUUUUAGUCAAAUAUCCCUUUAAUUCAGUUGGUAGCUCUUAAGAAUAUUCGAACUCCCCAAAUAGAAUUUAACGCUCAUUUAUAUGUUUAAAACAUAUGCAUUUUGAAUUGGUAAAAACCAUGAUUUGUUUAUUUACAAAUAAUGACAAAUGUAUUUAACCUAAUUUAUCAUAAUACAAAAAUGUAUAUGUAUAUAUAUAUAUAUGUGUAUAAUGUGCAAUAUUAAUGUGAUAAAAAAUGUGUGUUGUGAACUAAUGGAUUAAUCGUGUACAUAGCUAAAGAAUCAUUCACUUAUAGUUUUAUUAUACAGUUUUUGGAAAAUACUGUAAAAAAUCAUUUUGGAUUCUCUUCAAGUCUUUGAUGCCAAAGUAUAAACUAUCAAUGAAUUUAUCAAAAUUCUGCAAAGUAAUUUUGCGAUUAAUAUUACAGUUUUAUAACCCUUACCAAUUUUGACCUAUUUUGAAACUGAGAUUGAGCAUUUAUGAGUAAUUUCAAAAUGAUAUCUUCAUUAUCUCCCUUUGUUCAUAGAGAAUUCAGGAUAUCACAAACUUUUUUUUUUGGAAACAAGACUUGUCCCUUUCAUUUUUUAAGACAUUAUUAAGUAUUCCAGAUUUGCUGUAAAAAUCAAAUUUGUAAAUUUAGUUCUAGAAGUUUGAGUUGCAAAAAUUUCACCAAAAAUCCGAAUAUUUUUUUAGAAUUCUCUAUUUUUAUAAACUUAUGCAUUCUGGAUAAUAUUUUCAAAGCCUUCUGAUUUGUUAACAAGUUCUUAAACAAUGGAUAUGUUACCAAGGAUAUGACCUUCUUUUUAUUUUUGUGUACAGACAAUAAAAUUACCCAUAAUCCUUUAGGUUCUGAAGUGGACAAAUGAUACAGAGAAUCCAUUCAUUUUUAAAUUAACUUUGAAACAAAAUAUUUGUAAAUGAUGUAUUAAUAAGAGUAAUGUUUGUUAUUUAUAGGUUUACAGGGUUGUUAAAAUCAUGACAUGAUAAGGCCACAUCUACUAUAUUUUUUGGGGAAUUUUUCUUGAACCAAGCGUUGUAAAUUUUUUUAGUUUCGUUCCAUAGAUCCUAAUCAACUUCCUGAUUGCUCCUGCAGCUGAGUUAUAAUUAGAUUAUUUACGAGAUAAAUAAGAGAACUUUUUACUGAAAAUUUGAUUCCAGCACAGUGAAAAUUUUCCAUGAAAUCUUACAGGACUUGAGUUGUUACAUAGAAAUCCAGGACUCAGUAUUCCAAUAUGAUUUUUGCCUCUAUAUGGACUGAUUUUAAAUUUUGAAAUACUGAAUUCCUGUAUCAAAUCUAGGCAGCUGCUUGUCCUGAAAUUCUCUGUUGUUUUUUUUUAUUUCUCGUGCUGGUACUACCGUUGUGUGUCUAACAAAAAACAAAAAUUUUAAUUUCAGAAUUUCAAAUCAUCAGAAUGACAUUAGAGAGGGAAUUCAAGAUUUUGUUAGGGCUUACUACAAAAUCUGUUGUAUCUUAUUAUGAUCCAAUAACCAGGGAACCCCUUAUGGAGCUACAUAUACAUAAUGCGUAGACUUUUCACAAGUCCCACUCCUAAUGUUGCCUUGGUGGAGUCCCUUUUUCAAAGUACUGGAUCUGUAACUGCCCAUAUUUCUUUAGAUUCUGAAAAUCAGGAUUGAUAAAAUUUAUAAUAAUUGUUGUUAGAAUAAAUUUUAAUGCAGGACAUUUUGAAAAUAUAAUUCUGUUAAAGUUUCAGGUGAUGCAAGGUUUUUUUUUAAAAGUAGAUAUUUUUAUAGUUUUAUUUAAUUUACAAGCAUUUUUAAAUUUAUUUAAUGAGACAUGUUUGUGAUGUGUAUGUUAGAUAGUGAGUGUGAGUUGAGGUCAAUUGUACAUUUAAAGUUUUAUGUAUAUUUUGAAGCUUUUAGCUUAAAGCCUAAAAUUAAAAUCAAAAGUAUUUCAAA